GCUCACCCACCCCGUGCAAUUCUUUCUCCAGCAUGGCGGCCUUUACACCGACCAUGCGGCAGCUGGGCUGCUUGAGGCCGCUCAUGCGGACCCAGCAAUUGAUUCAACCCCAGAUCAGAUCGAUUUCGACUGCCUAUUCCAUCAGGCCUGAGCCGACGCCUCUUCCUGCGAAGUUGCCCAAGUCGUUCCUUUCGCAAUUGCCGGCUCGAUUGCAGCCCAAUCAGGGACGCAAGAAGCUCAGGACCUACCCUCCACCCGCAUCAUCGCGUGCUACGUGCAAAGACCCCGUGGCAGCGGUAACAGAAGCUCAAUUGGCCACCCUCGACCCGACCGGUGAACGCAAGGCGCUUUUCGACUACCGACGGAACCCCCGAAGUGUCAAGCCCGGUGACAUUCUGCGAGUUACAUUUAAGAACGGAGACCCGUUCUCCGGAGUCUGUCUUAGCAUCCGAUUGCGCGGCGUUGACACUGCAUUCCUGCUGCGAAAUGAACUUACAAGAGUCGGGGUGGAGAUGUGGGUUAAGGUUUUCAGUCCCACCGUCGACAGCGUGGAGAUUGUGCAGAGAUCAGAGAAGAGGAAGAGGAGAGCCAGAUUGUAUUACAUGAGACAACCCAGACACGAUAUGCGCAGUGUCGAGAAUAUCGUAUCGAACUACCUCAGACAGAAGUCGGCGCUCAGCGGCCAACGUACGCAAUCGUCGUCUAGGAAGGGCAAGAGCAAGAAGAGGUAA